AUGGGCCAAGCGGGACACAAAGCGAGACGGCACCGAUCCGCCGUUAAAUCAUGCAGAAAAAGAACAAACGAACGAAGCUCAGGCGUCCAGGAUUGCGUAAACCAGUCGUUAACUCCAAACAAGAAUGGGAAAAUCCUGAUGCAGAAAGAAACCCAAGAUGACCAGCAGCGUUUCGCGGUAGAAGGUCCGUCUUCGUUUGUCGAAAUGUCUAAUUGUGAAUACGGACUGCAUGAAAGUGAUGACGAGUCAACGAUGACAGCAGAACCAGGUUCAAGUCUCAGCGUCGAUGGUCUUAAGCCUGCCUGGUUCGAUUCUGCACGAACUGAAGUUACACUUGGAGCUGACUCUGAACAGGACGUCUCAACAAGAAGCCCUGACAAACGACAGUUUCAGGAUAUUUGGAGCACGAAUGUAGAUUUUAGUUCUAUUCGCUGUUCAUUCACAAUGUCAUCCGCGAGUGAGAAUCAGUCCGUCGGGGAAUCGACACUGUCGGAGGAGAACAAGAAACAGACCGCAGAAGACAGGCCAGAAAACGAUCAAAAAGUAGUAAAUGUGGAAAGUUGUUGGGUUAUGGAAUUCGGACAAAAAGAACAAGUGGGUGUGUCUGACUGGGAUGCGUCUCGGAUCCCGGUAUCAGACGAUUUUGUUUCCGAUACUGCAGAAGAGAAGAAUUGUUAUUUUCAAUUUGUAGGGGUUGAUGAUGAUUUUGGUGCAUUGCCCGCUAUGUAUUUCAAAGACGAUUAUGAUGAGGAGAAAGUCAGUGCUGGAAACAGUGCGAAAAUUAGCUUCACAAAUGAAGAGAAUAGGGAAGCAACUCCUAUCUCUACAGAGAUUAUGGAAGUUUGCGAGAAAGGUAAAACAGGUGAAAUGGCACAGAAAACUCUUAUAAAAAAAUGCUUUGAAAAAAUUGAUGAUCGAAUGACGGUUGAUAAAAGGGACGAUGGUAUAGAGAGUUUGGAUAGGUCGAGUCUGGAUAUGGAAGAAAGUUUAGAAGUGGACACGGAAGGCGAGAGUCCAGCCAACAGCAUGGUCAAGCGAGUGUGUAGCACAGUCAAGAAAAUGGGCUUUAUCGGCACCUUCAUGCAACAGUGGAGCCGAGAUGUGGAAAAUAUAGACGAAGAAGUAGAUCAGGUUCCUGCGCGCCUUUUCUUUACAACUCUCAUAUUUACUUCUUUUCUUCCUUUAAAGUUUUCCUUUUCUUUCGUACUUUUUUUCAUUGUCAUUCUCUUUACUCUCUUAAAUAAAUUUACCUCCUCCUUUUGA